AAUAAAAAGCAGGAAAUCGCUGCGGAUUAUUUCCAACCCAUUAGCGCCGACCCAUCUCGUUAACCACUGUGAGCUCCGGAGAUCCGAGCAGGUUUGAUUUUUCGUUUCUAGGAUAAAAUGUGCAGGAUCGUGAACUAGGGUUUCAAGAAAAAAAAAUUCGGUUUGUUGAGGGGGUUAGGUUUUUGACCUUCGAGUGUAUGAGGAUUUGGUGCUGUCUAUGCUUUACCUACGACGAAGUGGAUGAUAAUCGACGGGAAGGGAACAUGGAGGAAGGGUUUUUAGCAAAUGUAGGGGGUUUUGAGGGUAAUAUUGUAAAUGAAGAGGACGAUGAUGACCAUGAGGAGCGAGAAAAGGAAGGAGAAAAGGAAGAUGAAGAGGAGGCUUACUCCAAUGUCGCUGAUUUUGCGGCAGAGGCGGCUCAAAUUACCUCAACUCUAAACAGACAGUUUGAUGAAAUGGUAUCCGCCAUGAUAUGCAGUGGCAACUGGGAUGAUGCUACAUGGCGCCCUCUGAAUCAGUGCUCAUUUCUUUCAGAAGGUGAGAGUAGCGCCUCCGUUCCAACUGCCAUUGAAGAUAGUGAGAACCAAGAUUCGUACCAUAAGCGAGCCAAAGUGUACUCUGGUUUUCAUGAGAGCUCGUCGUUCCCUGUGAUAGGGAGAUAUUAUAACAUUAACCAAGGCUCAUCAAAUUCAUCUAAUAAUGGGAUAUUUGAUCACAAUUUCAUUUUGAAUGAUGAGAGUGAUGAGCUUCCUUUUGGUGGCAAUGAUCAUGCCAUAGGUGAGAAACAUGAGGGUGGUAUGAGGGAGGAAGAUUUUGAAAUCCGGAUGGAUCUGACUGAUGACUUACUGCUUAUGGUGUUCUCAUUCUUGGACCAUUGUAGUCUUUGUCACGCUGCUAUGGUUUGUAGGCAGUGGCGAGCAGCCAGUGCUCAUGAGGAUUUUUGGAGGUGCCUGAAUUUUGAAAACCGGAAUAUAUCUCUUGAACAAUUUGAGGACACGUGUCAACGAUAUCCGAAUGCCACUGAAGUGAAUCUCAGUGGCACUCGUAAUAUGCACCUGCUAGUUAUGAGAGCUGUCUCUUCAUUACGAAAUAUUGAGGUUUUAACAUUGGGAAGAGGCCAACUAGGGGAUGCUUUUUUUCAUGCAUUGGUAGAAUGUAGUAUGUUACGGAGUUUGGAUGUCAGUGAUGCUGCUCUCGGCAAUGGUGUUCAAGAAAUACCUAUUAACCAUGAUCGACUGUGUGAUCUGAAAGUAACAAAAUGCCGUGUAAUGCGUCUAUCUAUCAGGUGUCCACAACUAAAAAGUUUAUCUUUGAAACGUAGUAAUAUGGCACAGGUGGCCCUGAAUUGCCCUCUUAUAAAUCUGCUUGACAUAAGCUCAUGCCACAAACUUACAGAUGCGGCAAUUCGUUCGGCAGUGACUUCUUGCCCCCAAUUAGAAUCUUUGGACAUGUCGAAUUGCUCUUGUGUUAGUGACGAGACAUUGCGUGAGAUAGCUCACAGUUGUGCAAAUCUCCAUGUUUUGAAUUCUUCUUAUUGUCCUAACAUAUCACUUGAGUCUGUAAGACUGCCAAUGUUGACGGUUCUUAAACUUGACAGCUGCGAGGCUAUUACAUCAGCCUCAAUGGCUGCAAUAGCCCAUAGUUAUAUGUUGGAGGAGCUGGAGCUUGAUAAUUGCCACAUGUUAACGUCAAUGUCAUUGGAUCUUCCACGUUUGCAGAAAAUUCGAUUGGUUCACUGUCGAAAAUUUGCUGACUUGAAUUUACAAUGUUUCAUGCUAUCAUCUGUGACGGUGUCCAAUUGCACUGCUCUUCAUCGUGUUAGCAUCAGUUCAAAUUCACUUCAAAAAUUAGCGUUGCAGAAGCAGGAAAGCUUGACAAUGUUAGCACUGCAGUGUCAAUGUUUGCAAGAAGUUGACCUAACAGAUUGUGCAUCUUUGACAAAUUCUAUAUGCAAUGUAUUUAGUGAUGGCGGUGGUUGCCCUAUGCUAAAAUCAGUAGUUCUGGAUAACUGUGAGAGCUUGACAACAGUGCAAUUAUCUGGUACAUCUUUAGUCAACCUUUCUCUGGUUGGUUGUCGUGCUAUUACUGCUCUGGAUCUUGCAUGUCCUUGUCUUGAGAAAGUUUGCUUAGAUGGCUGUGAUCAUCUUGAGAGAGCGUCAUUUUGUCCUGCUUCUCUUCGGUCACUUGACCUCGGAAUAUGCCCCAAAUUGAACACUCUCAAAGUUGAUGCUCCAUGUAUGGUGUCACUUGAGUUGAAAGGAUGUGGUGUAUUAUCUGAAGCAUCAAUAAAUUGCCCCCUAUUGACAUCACUUGAUGCUUCCUUUUGCAGCCAACUCAAAGAUGAUUUCUUAUCUGCAACCGCUGCUUCCUGCCCUCUGAUUGAGUUGUUAAUAUUGAUGUCUUGCCCAUCUAUUGGUUCUGACGGUCUUUUCUCUUUGCGCUGGCUUCCGAAUUUAACUACACUUGAUUUGUCAUAUACCUUUUUGACGAAUUUGCAGCCAGUUUUUGAGUCUUGUUUGCAGCUGAAGGUGUUAAAAUUACAAGCAUGCAAAUAUCUAGUGGACACAUCACUGGAGCCUCUUUACAAGGAAGGUGCUUUAGGAGAACUCCGGGAUUUGGACUUGUCAUACGGUUCCCUGUGCCAGUCUGCCAUAGAAGAGCUUCUUGCUUAUUGCACACAUCUUACCCAUGUGAGCUUGAAUGGAUGUAUAAAUAUGCAUGACCUUAAUUGGGGUUCUACUGGUGUUGGAUCUAAGUCACUACGUAUACAUAAUGGAUCUAGUACGUUUUCUUUUGAGAACAUCAAUGAGCCAAUCGAGCAGCCGAACCGUUUACUGCAGAACCUCAACUGCAUAGGUUGUCCAAAUAUUAGGAGAGUGCUCAUCCCGGAAGCCGCAUGUUGCUUACAUUUAUCAUCCCUAAAUCUUUCUUUGUCCGCCAAUUUAAAGGAAGUUGACCUGGCUUGUUACGAAUUAUCCUUUCUUAAUCUAAGCAAUUGUUGCUCUUUGGAAAUUUUGAAGCUGGGAUGUCCUAUGCUUACCAGUUUGUUUCUUCAGUCUUGCAACAUCGAGGAAGAAACAGUCGAAACUGCUAUAUCACAGUGUAGCAUGCUGGAGACUUUGGAUGUUCGCUUUUGUCCAAAGAUUUGCUCAAUGAACAUGGGGAGGUUACGUUCGAUUUGUCCGAGCUUGAAGCGAAUAUUCAGUAGCUUGUCACCUGCAUGAUGAGAUUGUUGUGAAGAAAUUUUAUUGCCCUUCGGAAGUGGAUAAUGCCACCUGUAUGCUGGGAGUUGUCUUCAUCAGGGGCUCCAUGGGCAUCGUCAAUUUCCUCGGCUUGAUUUAAUACAUGAGAUGGAACUGUUUUAAGCAGGCUGCCAAUGGAAAAAUGAAGAUUCCUUGUGGGAUGUUCCAAGCACGACAAUAUGUAUACACAGAUAUGGAAUACCUGUCGAGUGCAUUGAGGGCAGUACCAAUCUUCGCCUUCAUUGCUUUUACCGAGGCAUCUGGCUUGUUUCUUGAGGCAUGUAGAAGCAAGGAAUCUAGUUCCUCUAAUACUCUAAUCAACAAUAGGGACUGGUUAACAUGCUGUCAAAGCUUGGUUUUUGGAAGAGGAUGAGAAUUGCUAACAUGUGGCAAAAAUAAGGCCUUUUCAUUGUUUUUGGGUUUUUUAAGAUUGAACUAGGUCAGUCAAUCUGACUUGAACCCAGUUUGAUGCAAGAUUAAUUUGCUUCAACUCGAAUUCAAAUGUAAAAUGACAUGAACUCAAAGUGAUCAA